AUGGUAAAUGACCAGACCAAAACAGCUAUUGCUGAGUACUGGUUAUGGGUCAUAAAAAAGAAUAUUCAAUGGGAUGAGGCAUCUCAGGACAACAACAUCUCUACAGAAAACCAAACACAGGCAUCUCAGGACAACAACAUCUCUACAGAAAACCAAACACAGGCAUCUCAGGACACCAACAUCUCUACAGAAAACCAAACACAGGCAUCUCAGGACACCAACAUCUCUACAGAAAAACAAACACAUGCAUUUCAGGACACCAACAUCUCUACAGAAAAACAAACACAGGCAUCUCAGGACACCAUCAUCUCUACAGAAAACCAAACACAGGCAUCUCAGGACACCAACAUCUCUACAGAAAAACAAACACAGGCAUCUCAGGACAACAACAUCUCUACAGAAAAAAAACACAGGCAUCUCCGAACAACGACAUCUCUACAGAAAACCAAACACAGGCAUCUCAGGACAACAACAUCUCUACAGAAAAACAAACACAGGCAUCUCCGAACAACAACAUCUCUACAGAAAACCAAACACAGGCAUCUCCGAACAACAACAUCUCUACAGAAAACCAAACACAGACAAACUAGAAGAACAACAUAUCGACUAAAUGGCAAACACAAACAAACCGGAGCAAAACAUAUCUGUGAAAAGACAAACACAGAAAAAUCAGAACAACACGUGAAAUGA